GGUUUUCCAUAUUGGUUUGGCUUAUAUACUUAACUUACUACCGUUGAUCAUUAGAUAUGUUGAAGCUUUAAUUUUCUCGCACAUUUUUAAGCUGAUUUAUAUUUUCUUUGCAGGAUCAAUUUGGUUUGCUUCAGAAAUGAAAGCUGUAAGUGAUGAUUGUGAAAGGUUCACAUCAUUUCCUCCUGGGCAUUUAUACUCUAGCAAACAAGGAGGGCUGAGAAGGUGGUACAAUCCACAAUGGGUUUUGGAGAAGAUACCAUCGACUCCUUAUGAUCCCAUUGUUUUACGUGAGGCUUUUGAGAAGGCUGUGUUAAUGAGACUUAUGACAGAUGUACCAUUCGGUGUUCUUUUGUCUGGAGGAUUGGACUCAUCACUCGUUGCUGCUGUGGCUUGUCGCUAUUUGGCUAAAUCAGAAGCUGCACGUCAGUGGGGGUCACAAUUACAUACCUUUUGUGUUGGCUUGGAGGGUUCUCCAGAUUUGAAAGCAGCAAGAGAAGUUGCAGAUUAUCUUGGAACUCAUCAUCACGAGUUGCACUUUACUGUUCGGGAAGGCAUAGAUGCACUUGAAGAAGUUAUCUACCAUAUUGAGACAUAUGUGACCACUGUCAGAGCCAGCACUCCAAUGUUUCUUAUGUCUCGUAAAAUUAAAUCUCUAGGAGUAAAAAUGGUCCUCUUUGGUGAAGGUUCGGAUGAAAUCUUUGGUGGCUACUUGUAUUUCCACAAGGCACCAAACAAGGAGAAGUUUCACCAAGAAACAUGCCAGAAGAUUAAAGGUCUUCAUCUGUAUGACUGUCUGAGGGCCAACAAAUCGGCAUCAGCUGGGGGUGUUGAGGCUCGUGUACCGUUUCUUGACAAAGAAUUUGUCAAGACUGCUAUGGACAUUGAUCCAGAAUGGAAAAUGAUCAGGCCUGAUCUUGGAAGAAUUGAGAAGUGGGUCUUACGCAAAGCAUUCGAUGAUGAUCAGAAGCCAUAUUUACCAAAGCACAUCUUGUACAGGCAGAAGGAGCAGUUUAGUGAUGGUGUCGGUUACAGCUGGAUUGAGGGGUUGAAAGAUCAUGCAAACAAACAAGUAACAGAUUCGAUGCUGAUGAACGCAAGCUUUAUCUACCCUGAAAACACUCCGACUACAAAAGAAGGAUACUACUAUAGGACUAUCUUUGAGAAAUAUUUUCCAAAGAAUGCUGCGAGAUCGACAGUUCCUGGUGGUCCAAGUGUGGCAUGCAGCACAGCAAAAGCUGUGGAGUGGGAUGCAGAAUGGUCCAAAAACCCCGAUUUAUCUGGUCGUGCUGCACUUGGUAUACAUACAGCUGUGUAUGAGGAAUCCAAAGAUGUAAAGACUGGAAGUCUUGUGAGUGACUCUCCACAGAAACUUGUAAAAGGGGUUGCAGAGAAAGUGGCUGCAGUAGUUUGAGUGGGAUGAAAAAGAUGAGACCAGAAGGCCCUGUAGGGAAUCCGUCACAACUGUUAGUAGUUUAUAUAACUAGGAAGGCCUUGCUAUUGUCUCUUAGGUGAGACCAGACUAGUCGAUGCUUAUAUUUUCAAUCUGUAAUUUUCUUUGACCAUGACAGGAUUAUGCUAUCGGUUCGACAUGUAUGCAAUUUAGAUAGGUUUCUACUUUUA